GGACAAUGGCUUUUAAAAGAUGAGAGUUAGGGUCGAUAAUGGAAUGAUUUGUUGGCACUGUUUGCAAUUCCAAAUUUGAAAAACAAAAAUCCCCCCAAUUCCUAUAUCAAAUCCCAUUGGUUCAAAAGAAAUUGUACAAUGUCUUGCUCUCAUUAGCCUGUGCUAGGGUUAUAAAUGUUGGCACACGGGCACUCCAUUACCACACACAAAUUUCCGAAACAAAACAGAAAAACUAACAACUUUUCUCAAAAUGGUUGGCAUGUGGUCUCUAUUCCGUGAAAUAGACCAGAGGAAAACUACAUCGACCAUCAAGGCUAGAGCAAUCCGGGUUUACCGAGAGCCGGCUCACGACUGCUUUCCCGAGUCGUUGGAAGUCGUCUUUCAUGACGAAGAGGGCUCCAAAAUGCAUGCACACAUUCCGGACAAGUUCAGUUUAUCAACAAGUUCAUUGGAAUAUUUAAGGAGGGGAGAGUAUUCGCUGUCAAGAACUUUAUGGUCGAGGAAAAUUAGAUGUUUUUCAAAACUUCCACGAGCGCUUAUAGGCUUUGUUUCUUUAACAAAAGUGCCGCAUUUGAGAUCAAAGGAGUCCCGUUCCCUAUAAGGACUUUCAUUGCAAGCACAAGACAACAUCGAUGAGAAAUAUGGAAUUGGUGCACCACAAGUUUGUCUAAAACACAUAAUUUUAAUUCUCGGUUUUGUACAUUAAUUAAUUCUUCUAUGUACAUCUAUGUAUAUGUGUAUAGAUAUAAUAGGACAAGUUGUUUACGACAAGGACCCAAAGACCAUUUUGAAGAAUGAAAGGCCAAAGAAGUUAAUGGAAUUGAUUUUGGGUGACACGGACGGAAACGUUAUAGCAUGCACUCUCUGGGGACCAAUGGUUGAAAUGUUGUUGACGUAGAAGCACACUACGUCCGAUCCUAUAGUUAUGCUGCUGUAAUGUUGCAGGGCACGCAAGUAUCAAGGCCAUGUUCACGUUUCCAACAUGUUCAACACAACAAAAGUGAUUUUCAACGGAACAGAGGACGAGUUGGUGGAAUUCAAGUCUAGGAUGACUGAAAGGUCGGGUCAGGGUUUAAGCUUUACUAUAACUUCGGAUAACUCCAACGAAGUUGAUGUUGCGAGCGGGCAGCAGGAUUUAAUAACUAUUGAAGCUCUCUGCAAACUAGAGGAGCGAAACUUUGGACCUCACUACUUUCCAUCUAAGAUUAACUCUUUGAUCGACAUAAAGGCUUUGUUCAAGGUUAAGUUUAAGAGAGAGAGCAGGAGUUUUAAAGGAAACCAGACAUUCAGCGUGAUAAAGAUAAACACCGAUCCCAAAGUCCUGGCACUCUACUCGGAUAAGAUAAACCCUGCAGAGGAGGAGGAUGAAUUUACAAGGUUGGCAAAAGAGUUUUCUGGGACUGAAGAGGCUGGACCCUCACAGAAAUCUGCGCACACCCCUUUGAUCACUAAGGAGAGAAGGCAGGCUUUGGAAGUUGACACAGAGAGGCUCAAGUGUGACCUGUUCGGAGAUUCGGCCUCGAUGUCAACUAAGAAGCUCAAGGGAGUGAAGGCAGAAAAGUGAUGAAGAUAAAGCACAGGGCAACGUUUAGACUAACUAUUUCCUAUGUUGUCCUAUGGCGUGUGUAUUUCAAUUUUAGACUCCUUAUGGUCUUGGGGUUGCCUACGGUUUUUGUGGGCAGCAGAACGUUUGUCACCCAUGACUCCUUAUGGUCUUGGGGUUGCCUACGGUUUUUGUUUUUCGUUGUUUUGAUGCCAUGGACUUGGCAAAUAAGGAGUGCCUAUCAGGUGUACUACAAAUGCAUAUCUAUAUAAAUAUUUUGUCUCUUUUGUUUA